AUGGCCAACAUCAACAACUCAACCUUUUACCUGCCCCUUGCCAACUGUACCGAAGUCACUCCACGGUGCCCGGUCGAGCACUCGAUCUACGGCUACUACCCUUCUAUCGGUGCCAAUGCCUUCUUCGUGGCCUUUUUCGCCAUGUGCGGCGCCCUCCAACUCCUCUUCGGCAUCCGCUACAAGACCUGGACGUAUCUGAUCGCCAUGUUGCUGGCCUGCGUCGACCAGUCGCUCGGGUACAUUGGCCGUGUGAUUUUGCACUCGAACCCUUUCAACUCGGUUGGAUUCGAGAUCCAGAUUUGCUGCCUGAUCCUGGGUCCUGCGUUCAACUCUGCCGCCAUCUACCUGGUCCUCAAGCACAUCACCCUGACCUUCGGGCCAGAGUACUCAAAGAUCAAACCCAACUGGUACACCUGGAUCUUCAUCACCGGCGACCUCAUAUCACUGGUGAUCCAGGCCAUCGGUGGCGGCAUGGCUGCGACCGCCAACAGCAACCAGUCCCAGCAAAACACCGGUGAUGACUUGAUGAUGGCCGGUAUCGCCUGGCAAGUGGUCACCCUGUUCUUCUUCGGCGGAGCUGCAGCGUGGUACGUCGUCCGGCGCUGGCGAGCACAUGACGUGCCGUUUUCCACCGAGGCCACCCGUUUCCUGAACGACAGGAAAUUCCAGCUAUUUGUGUACGGAUUCAUCAUCGCCUAUGUCGCGAUCAUGAUCCGAUGUAUCUAUCGUCUCGUUGAGAUGGCUGGUGGAUGGGCGAACCCGGUCAUGCAGUUUGAGCCUGCUUUCAUUGCUCUUGACGGAUGUAUGGUCGUGAUCGCCACCCUGGUGCAGACGGUCUGCCACCCAGGAUUCUGCUUCCCCCGUCUGUCAAGCGGAUACAUCCCACCUCGACCGGCGUCGACCGUGUCCACGGCUCCCAAAGAGUUCCAGUACAACCCGUCGAGCAUGGCUCCCACACCUCCUGCCGAGUCCGUUGAGAUUGAAAGAGAGAAGGAUGUCCGAGAAGAGGCCUGA